GUGGCCUAACCUCUCCACAGCUAAGGAAAUUCGCCGAAGGGCUCACCAUUCUCUCAUAAUGCUGUAGACGAUCACUUCCACGCCUACGGUCGUAGUCCACAAAUCAUUACCAUACUCAACACGCACUCAAUCGAACACGCGGGGAGAUGUUGUCGACAGUCUGUUUGCUCCUCGCAACCACGCUGCCAGUGCGUGGCGCCUUCACCGAAUUUUUCUUCGCCGGCAACGAUGGAAUUGGUGAUGUGAGGGCGUGUCCCAAGUCUGCAUUCGCGUGUGACGCGCCAUCGGUCUGCGCCUUCGACGACCGGACGGAAAAGUAUUAUUGCUGCAUACCAGGGAGUCCAGAUGCUGUGUGCUGGGGACCUAGUUCAGACUGCGAUGGAGGAGAUAAGAAAACGCCCUCGGGCAGUCAACAGGCUUGCUCGACUGGCAUCAAUACCUUUUGCUGCUUAAAGUCAAGCGAGACGUGUACGGAAACAGCAGACCAGACGAACAUCUGCUGGAGUAAACUAGACAACCCUCUCAUCUCUCUCAACGCGACCGCCGUAAACGAAACAGCGCAGUCUCUCAUAUUGGCUCGCCCUUCGGCUCCUACGUACGCGAUCAGCUUGUCUGCUCUACAAGCACUUGCGCCAACCACCGCAGCUGCGUCGUCAGCAAGUCCGAGCGCAUCCGGACAACCCAUUGCUACUACCUCGCCGUUUGGAGGAGCACAAACAACGGCUGCCUCGGCCCCUUCGCCGAUCGCGACAAAGGACAAAGCGUCCGGUCUCUCAGGUGGCGCGAUAGGCGGCCUGGUUGGUGGAAUAGUCGGUGGACUUGCUAUACUCGGUCUGGCUGGAUUUCUCUUCUGGCGCAGAAACAAGAACGGCAAGCGGAAUCCAUAUGAACCCGCCAAUUCGCACACCGCGCCUACGUAUCCAGCUGGCUCUCCUGGCGAAAUGGACUCAAAUCAGACGUAUACGCAGGGACCGGCAACUGAGAAAUACGGGUAUGCGGUCAGUCCUGUAUCGGAAGUGCCUGCCGAUAGAGCACCGGUAGAGCUACCAGCUGGCACGACAUAUACUAGAUAGCGACAAAAUUUCAAACGAAUGGGUGGGCGCAAAAGAGGAAUAGCGCAUAUGAUAUUACGAUGUUGUCUCGAAUAUAUGAUCCUACGCAGACCUGUAUGAUAUAUAACUGUCAGUCAACCAGUCUCGUUUUUGUUGCUCGUGCAGACAAGAU